AUGAAUGCAAUUCUGCAAGAACAAUCCAAUCUGCAAGUGGCAAGUCCACUGCAGCAGUUCUUCUCACAGGACUUGUACAUGUCAUCACCAGCUGGUUUUGAAGGCAUGGACUCCAAUGUGGACCAAGAUAGCCAGCAUUACUUCCAAUCCACCCACAGCGUGAGACAGAGCUUUGAGGAUGAAAUGAUGAAUGAAAGAAGAAUGUCGCAACCUGACCUACAAAUGUAUGGACAGCAGCGACCAACUACACCCGCACAACAGAUGAACACUGCACAUCUCCCUCUCACCCCUGCAACAACUCCAUUCAAGCAGAAUAGUCGCCAGUAUCACUUUUCAAGGACGGCUCAAUCUUCACCAGUGAGGCUACAGGGAGACAAGACCAUCAAAGCACCACAUCCAAUCUUGAUGCAGCGGGGAAGGUCUCUUGAGGGUAUCUUCGAGGCACAUGAUGAGGAGAACGAUAUUCCAUCCCCUCCAGGAACAGCACCAAUGAUAUCUUCGAGUACAUUCGAGAUGGCGGAGAUGCCGAUGCCUCACUCGAUGAGCUCACGAGGCAUCCCGACAACUUUUUCACAUAGCGAUGGAGGUCAUGCUUCUCUCCAAGUCUCCCCCGAGUUGGCAAUGACAGCAAGAGAUCUUUCCUUCCCAGCAAGUUCUGAAGGCGCCCGUACUCCGCUGUUCACCGAGACAGGAGGGAGCAGGCCUUUGCUCGCCGCCAACAUCCCGAUGCUUCCGUCAUCUCAGCCAGGAACAGGCUGCCCAUCUCCUACAAAGACGGAGCUCUCCCCACGACGGAUGUCAAUAUCCGAUCUAAACCUUGAGCCCGGUGUUAGUGCCUCAAUCGAAGAGACGAAUGUCACCUUAGAUGAUAUUGCCCAAUUUAUCGAAGGCCCGGAUCCUCUUGACAACAAAUGGAUUUGCAAGUAUGAAGAUUGCAACAAGAAAUUCGGAAGAAAAGAGAACAUCAAAUCCCAUGUCCAGACUCACCUUGGCGAUCGACAAUUCAGAUGUGACCACUGCAACAAGUGCUUCGUACGAGGUCACGAUCUGAAACGGCAUGCCAAGAUCCACACCGGCUCCAAGCCGUAUCCUUGCCUAUGCGGAAAUGCAUUCGCGCGUCACGACGCGCUGACACGACAUCGCCAACGUGGAAACUGCAUCGGAGCAUUCGAGGGCGUCGUCAAGAAGGUCGUCAAGAAAGGUCGGCCACGCAAACACCGUCCGGAAAUGGACGAUCGACUGGACAAAGCGAACAGGACAAGAAAAAGAGUGGAGGAGAAAGGCCACCACUAUGCCUCUUCCUGCACCGACUCAUCUAUCUCCAGCUUCGGCUCUCCACCCGCAGAAACGCUCGAAUCACUGAGUAUCCGCGGCGCCUCGCCUUUUGACGACAUGUCCAUGUUCGGCGUGGUCUCAUCUUCUCAACACAUGUCCGAAGUUACCGCCAGCUUCCCUCCCGACCUCUUCACCUUCACUCCCCCAGCCAGCCCCGGCUACUCAACCGGCAACAAACCCUCUCCAUACCAUCGAGCACUAACUCCUACCGAUAUGGCGGAAGUUCCCGAGAUCCCGACCAUUCAGACGGAGCUCCUCGGCGCUAUUAACCAAGAAUCUCAUCAGCAGCGGCAUCACAGCCCACCGAGCCUGUGCUAUUCUUCCAGCUCGCCGGUGCCGGACGUGAUUUCAUUUGAUUUCUCGUCGGCGGAAGAGCCACUGAUGAGCAAUGGUGGCAAUAAUCAGCGACUGAGCUUGAAGGGGGAGAGCAGCAAUGCGGAUUUUGAUAGCUUUUUUGAUUAUGGAAAUAUGGGCAUGGAUGGGGGCCAGGAUAGUUUCUUCAAUUUGUAA